AUGCGACUACAGCAAAAGGCAAAAUCACGACCAUUUGGAGUGUCUCUCCUAAUUGCUGGACAUGAUGAGAAUGGACCUAGCUUGUACUACACGGACCCGUCUGGGACCUUUUGGCAAUGCAACGCAAAGGCAAUUGGAUCAGGCUCUGAAGGAGCUGAUAGCUCCUUGCAGGAGCAGUACAACAAGGAUCUGACCCUCCAGGAGGCGGAGACCGUAGCCCUUUCUAUCCUGAAGCAGGUUAUGGAAGAGAAGGUGACCCCAAACAACGUUGAUAUUGCCAAGGUCGCCCCCAAGUGA